AUGGCGACUCUUCUUACUCUAGACGACACUCACCCACCAUCCUCACCCCCCUACAACCCCCUAACCGAACGCCUCAGCACCCCCUUCCCCGCCCGCCUCCUCCUCUCCCUCACAAUCUCCACCUUCGCCGGCUUCACCCUCGGCCUGAGCCAAGGCGGCCUAACUUCCGGCCUCCGCUUCCGCGCCGAAAACGCCCAUCGCUUCCCCUCCACGCAAACGGGAUGGUAUCUCUACCACAAAUCCAAGAACUACCAUAUCGCGCUCGGAGCCGUGCGGGAAGGGUUCCGGAUGGCGGGACGAGUGGCGUUGGGGGCGGGGGUGUUUUUUACGUUUGAGGAGGGAAUUGAUCGGGCGAGGGCGGGGGUGUUGAGGCAGUGGAGGGAGGUUAGGGGGAGGAGGUCAAGUGAGGGGGAGGAGGAUCGAACGAUCGAGAGUUGUAGGGAUUUUGUUAGUACGAUUUUUGCGGGGCUGGGUACGGCGGGCAUGUUCAGUGCGUGGAAUCGGUUUCCCCUGUCUACGGCUGUGAGGACGGCGAAGAAGGCGGUGAGGUAUGGGUUGCUUUUUGGGGUGGUGCAGGAUAUGCUUAGUGUGGCACGGGGGAGGCGGGUGGGGUAUGUGGAAUUUGUUAAGAGUAGAGUCUUUGGGAUGAGAGCUGGGGCUGUGAAGGAGGUGGGGGUUGCUGGGUGA